AUGAAGAAAGGCUUCUCUACCUCCAGCUUCAGCCGUCCCUCCAAAGACGAGAGCCCCGGUACCUCUUUCGAGAACCCACUGGUCGACUUCCACUCCCAACAAGACUUGACCAUCGCACGCUACUAUGCUUUGGAUCCGACCAACGGUAUCAUAAAAACUACCUUGGCAGGCAUAGCUGAGUACCACGCGAACGGCUUCGCUAUGCUUGACAGUGGCGGGAGGCGCUUGUCUGUCUUCGUCAGAAGUGGUCGCGACACCAUCAAUUUCGUUGCAAAGCAAAACCAUAGAGGUAAAAAGGUUUUGUCGCGCCUGAACGAUCGGGAGUGGGAGUUCAUCGAUGUGAAGACUGCCUUGGCGGAGGCGGCCACCGACGACACUAUUCACUAUGAAUCCAUAUACCUUACUCUCCAACUUAUCGACUCUCCGACACAAGAUAAUAUGUCCGCCGCGGCCGGGUCUUCUCCUCCACCUCCACCUCCUGGCGGCAACUUUAACAAGAGCACUGGUCAUGGAUCCUCUUCAUACCCCAACCUCAAGAUCCCUCUCUCAGGAGAUGGAAGCACUCCCCAGAAGGCUGCUUGGGCAGGUAUCAUGUUCCAGCCCCCUGGUAUCACCAAUAACUACGUCGUCGACGGCGUUGGCCUUUUCCCCCGUUACCGUCGUACCCGCGUCGAGGAAGCGCGUGAAUAUGCUCGACUGUCGUAUACAAUCCUCGACGGCGAGACCUACGAGCUCGUCCCCGAGUCUCAUAUCCCUCCGGGUCCCAUUGGCAACCCUUCUAUGCCUCCUGCUGCGGGUAUCGUAGCUCAGGUGCAGGACAUUGCCGCUCAUGAGAACGCACUUGCGACGGGUUCGGGGGCAGCAACUGAUGCUUACAACGCGCUCCAGGUUCACCACGGCGACGCCUUUGUAGACGACAACGUCAACACGGGCAACUCAUCGGAAGACGCUGCUGAAUCGUCUUCAGAUACAUCUGGCGACCGCUCGGCUGGUGCCUCUUCUACAAACUAA